AUUGCAUCAAAGCAACACCUCACCAGCACUCCUGAGGAACAUGCAGACACACAAUGCGGGCUGGGUCGUUGGCGACCCUCAUGGUUACAGCGCCUUGCCAGCAAAAAGGCAUACUUGAUUCUGCACGGUUUGAUAGGUUUCCACCAGAUAGCAAUGGGAUCCUACAUGGUCGGCACUUUAAGCACUAUUGAGAGGCGCUUCAAAAUACCAAGCAAAACUACAGGUUUAAUUGCUGGCGUUUGGGAAUUAGGGGCAUUGACCUCAUUGCUCUUCGUGGGCUACUUGGGCAGGCAAGGGCACAAGCCGCACAUGGUGGCGGUGGCUACGAUUCUCAUGUCCAUUGCCUUGCUGGGGCGGCUGCUGCCCCACUGGGUGUACGGGCCAGGGCAGGACGCAUUGGAGCUCACCAAGGAAUACGGAGACGCCGCUCUGCUGCUAAGCAACUCUUCGGGUGGCGAAACCAGCGCCAGAGGGUCCUUGUGUGGGACCAUAGGAUCUCAGGAUGAAGACGACUGCUCCAACAGCGGGUCACUGGGGGCGCCCGCGAUUAUCCUCUUCACCACCAACCUCAUUCUCGGCGUUUGUUCCUCCGUGUAUUGGACGUUGGGCUUCGCCUACCUAGACGACAACACGCACAAAGACAAGGCUCCAUUGGUACUUGCGGCGACGUCGUGCAUCCGCCUGCUUGGCCCCACCUGCCGGCUUUCGCUGGCCUCGUACGGCCUGGCGCGGUACGUGCACUUGGAACGCUUACCCCCUCAUGCGACCAAAACGACCCUCGAUGGAAUCGGCGCCUGGUGGAUUUGGUGA